AUGACAAAGGGGACAACGGGAGGUCAUCACGGCAGGAACUCUAAGAACAAAACCCUGCUGAUAAACAAAAAGUUGCUUAUUGUAAAAUCCAAUGAAGACAUAAAGAAGCUUAUAAAAAAUGAUAAUCCAACGGAGGAAGAAGUAAAAGAGUUAAAAACAGUACUUGAAAGUAGUAAAUUAAAAACUGAAAAAAAGAAAAAGAAAAAUAUUGUGAUUCCAAGAUUUAAAAUAUGUGAAGAUGAUGAAAGUUAUAGCAGUAGAUUGAAAACCUUCGAAAAACCGUGUCAUUAUAUUAGGUACGAACUUUAUAGAGAUCAAGUCACAGGUAUUAAAUUAACAGAUGGUUCUAUAAUACAUUAUGAUUUGUUAAAAGAAGAUGAAAUAUUUUUAGAAAGUCUGAAUUCAUAUAUAAACAUUCAGGUAAAUGAUGAAGAUUUCUGUAAGUUAAUGGACAAAUUUGAAAAACUAACAGGAUAUUCAGAAAAUAAAGAAGAAAUUAAUUUAAAGGACGCAUUAAAAGCUGCUUCUGAUUUGAAGAUUACGCUAAAAAGUAAUGUAAUAAAAGACAUUCACACAUACUGGAAAAGCAAAAGAAAAAAAUUAGGAAGACCAUUACUUCGAAUGUUUUGGAAUAAUUCUCAAAAUAUUUUACCACAUUAUUCUGUAUUCAGAUCAAGAGUUAAAGAAAAAAUGACCCUAAGAAAACAUAAAAAAAAAAAUAGUGAAAUCAUUUUAAAAAUGCAAGAAUUGAUAGAAGAUUUUAGAAGACUAGAUCGAAUUCUGCGGAAAAUGAAACAGCGUGAUGAAAAAAAAUUACUUCUAUUGCAGUUGAAUUCAAUUCUCUUUGAUCAAAGAAAGAAUGAAAUAAAAGACAAGACAUAUGUUUGUCCUAUGUGGAACUACUUCAAGGAUUACAAAAUGGAAAAAAUUUACAAAAAGUUUAAGAAGGAUAAGUAUUACAAAAGCUUGUACAGCAACGUGAGCAUGAGCAGACAUCAUCGACUCAGUGAUCAACUCAUGAUUGAUAAUCAUGCCACUUCUAGUCAUUAUAGCGGUCAUCACAUGAUGGGACAUCAUUCUCAUGAUCAUUUGAAAUAUUACAGGAACAAUCAUUCGAGUAAUCAUAUUCACAAUGACUCCAUAGUUAGCAGGAAAAUUAACAAACGGGCAAAGAGUCAAGGAUUAUGUGAACAAAUGAAUAUUUUAAAAAUAAAUCAAAAUGAAUAUAAAAACAUUGUCUUAAUUAAAAGACGAGGAAGAGGCAAUAGGAUUUGGGUUGAUAGAAAAUUUGUGAAUGAAAUGAAUGAUGAAGAUAUGAAUUGCUGUGAUUUAUCUUACACAUUCAACGAUUUUGUUGAGGCGUCUCUGAAUUUGAAAAAGAGUUAUGAAGAUGAUUUAUGCAAUUAUAUAUCUGGAAAGCAGAAACAUAUACCCAUUAAAUUAGGAAUUAAAAGUGGAGAUAUUAAAAAUUUGGAUCUAAACAUUUUUAGCAAUCAAAGAAAUGCUAACCAGCAUCCAAAUGAUGGGAAAUUCAAAGGCGUUGAAGAAGAACUGGGUGAAGGUCGAGGAGGAGCAGGAGGAGGGGCAAGAGGUGGAGAAGGAGAGGGAGAAGAGGGGAGGGGAACUGCUAACGGUGCAUACUACUUGGACGAUAGAGAUGAUGAUGGUGGUAUACUUUUUGAGAAAUACGAAGAAAUGAAAAAGGAAAAACGAAAAAGGAAAAGAAAAAAAGAUUCUGAAAAUGGUUCUUCUAGUAUCUUACACGAUCAUAGGAAUGCCCUCGACUCCGCACAACAAGUGAAAGAUGAAUUAAAAGAAUCGCAAAAACAAACAUACCUUAACAACAUUGCACCAUUGGAGCAAUGUAAUGACUAUAUUAAUUACUCUGCAAAAAACGGGAAUCAAACAGAAGAUAGACGGUUAAUGAAUUCUAUGUUCAGCAAAGUGGAUCAUGUAGGACUAGAUAAGAGUACCCCUCUAUUGGGGAAAUAUAAUAUGCAAGACGAAUCAAAUGAGUGGACUAAACUGUUUGCAGAUAAAUCGGGUGAAAACAGACUCGGUGAAAACAUACCGCAAGGAAUUAAUCUUACGAAUGAUAAAACAGAAAAUUUGUUGAGUAAUUCAAAGGCGAUAAAUAAUGGAUAUUCAAAUAACAAAUAUGAAAGGACAAAUUCGGUGCAAAGCAGUAAUCAAUCAAGUUAUAGUAAAGGUCUUUUUCAUUUUGACGAUUUGGUCAACCCACAGAUAAAUAAACACAAUUACAUUUUCUGCUUAAGUAAAUAUGCAUGUGUUCAGAAAAGAAUUUUAUUUUAUCUCGAAAAUUUACUUAAUUUUGAUAACUUCAAUUUUAAAAGUAAGAAAAAGGAAACCAAUCCCAAUGCAACACACGGAACCUUUACCAUUACACCAGGGGAUGAGGAUCCCACGCAUCAGGGUGAAAUGUUGGACAAAGUAGAAGUGAUUCACAAUGAGGGAGUGAUUAAUAAAGAAGGAGAAAUGCUUUAUAAGGAAAAAGUAGAUAAUAAAGGUUGA